UUACAGAGUUACGUAAAUGUCAUGUUAAUAAUACAUCAGAAAAGAUGACAAUCAUUUUUCUUGACUUCGUAUCAUUUGGGAUGUUAUCGUAAAAGAGGGAAGAAUAGAGAAAUAAUGAAAAUACAAAAAACGAGCAUACGACAAAACGAUGGAGACAAAAGGAAUCGACAAGUUAUCAGCAAAACUUAUUAAUUUAUUAUCGCGAGUUAUAUACGGUUGGAAGUAUACGCUUGAUAUACGAGUGACACUCUCACACGUUGAUUGAGUCACCAUGCAAACGGAAUACCAGUUGGAUAUAUCGAUUAACUUGUCGACAUUUUUCUUGAAGAACGUUGGGGUAUGGAUAUCUCAUGAUCCCGGUGAACAACGUCGGAUGAGAAUGUUGCUCAUCUGCACGGUUUGGAUGUUAUUGCUUGGUAUAGUGAUCAAUACUAGAGAUUUGUACUUCACAUUGUUGUAUAACGGCGAUAUUCUUUAUGUUGUGACGAAUAAUAUAACUUUGAUAAUAAGUUUAGUCAAGAUAUGCAAUAUAAUAAUAUAUAAAGGAAAAUUUUUAAAUUUAAUCGUGAACAUGCAAGAAAAUUUUUGGAACGUUAACUAUGAUUAUCACGAAAAAGAAAUUUUGGAUGAUUGCAAGAAAAUUUGCAUUUUUUUCAUCUCCUCUGUUACCACUAUUGCCAUAUGCGCCAUAAUAUCCUAUCUAAUGACACCGUUCAUUGCACAAAGUGGAAGCAAUGAAUCGGAGAGAAUGUUUCCGUUCAAUAUAUGGAUAAAUUUGCCACUAACAAGGACACCUUAUUACGAAAUUAUAUUUUUAAUCCAAGCAAUAUGUUUGUAUUACAUUGGAAUCUCCAGUUUUUGUUUCGACAAUAUUUUCUGCAUCAUGGCCGUACACUUGGCAGGGCAAUUUCGCAUACUUCAGUACAGGCUUACGAAAUUGUGUGACACGGAGCAGAAAAUACGCGAAAAGGAUUCGCAAUCGACAUUAACAAAACAAAUGCACAAAUUUUACGAGCAAUUUAAGAAAUGUGUUCAACAUCACCAGGCAUUGAUCAAUUACUACCAAAAUCUUGAGAACGUGUACACCAUGAUUACGCUUGGACAAGUGUUGGUAUUCAGUGUAUUAAUUUGCCUAUUUGGAUAUCAAGUGUUAGUGGCUACUGCGUCUUUUGCCAGACGCUCGAUUUUUGUAUUUUUGUUAAGUGGCUCGAUGUUUUUAUUAUUUUUAUUUAUUUAUUUUAUGGUCACCUACAGCUGCAACGGUGUGAUAGAGCACAGUGAUAAAGUUGCUAUAGGAGCUUACUCAGCACUGUGGACGAUCAUGCCGAUGGACAAAUUUGGGAAAAUGCUUCGAAAAGAUCUGAUAAUGGUGAUCGAGCGAUCUAGACGUGUUUGUUAUCUGACUGCGAAUGGAUUUUUCCCCGUAUCAUUAGAAACAUAUACUAAAAUUUUGAGCACAGCUGUAUCGUAUUUCACAUUGCUAAAUAAUCGCAUAGAAAACGCAAAUGGAUUAUAAUUAAUAACAACUCGUUUUUAACAACAUUUUCAUUAACACAAAAUGUCUCGAAUCAAAUAUUGCACAUUCAGGUCCAUUAAAUGAAAGAAUGAAAUAAAGAUGGAUAAUUCUUUUGAAAAUAAUAAAUAACAUUGUUUCAUUGAUCAUUUUAAUCAUUUUAAUAAUCA